AUGCAUAGAUUAUUUCAGUUUGUUUCUCUGACAACAGGAAUGCAAUUGUUGCUGCUGGUGUCAAGCCUACUCCUUUGGGAGAAUGUGUCCUCCAAACCAACUGCCAUGGUGCCCACUGAAGACCUGUAUACUCGUUUGGCUGAACUGUCUCAUAAUACAUUUAUCUUNGNGGCNGAUGUGUAUAGGGAAUUUGAUUUGGAUUUUUUCGAUAAAACUUGGAUAACAGACAGAAUACUUCCCCUGUGUCAUACUGCUUCCAUCCAUACUCCAGAGAAUCGAGAGGAAGUCCACGAAACUAAAACUGAAGACCUUCUGAAAGCAAUGAUCAAUGUUUCAAUUUCCUGGAAAGAACCUCUGAAACACCUGGUGUCUGCACUGACUGCUCUUCCUGGAGCUUCUGAUAGUAUGGGGAAAAAAGCUGCUGACAUUAAGGACAGAAACCUUAUAAUUCUGGAGGGACUUCAGAAAAUAUACAACAGGACUCAGGCUAACAUUGAAGAAAAUGAAAAAUUUGACUACCCUGCCUGGUCUGGACUCGAAGAACUGCAGUCACCUAAUGAAGACUCUCAUCUUUUUGCCGUUUAUAACCUCUGCCGCUGCAUUAAAAGGGACAUCCAUAAGAUAGACAGCUACAUCAAAGUCUUGAGGUGCCGAGUUGUCUUUCAGAACGAAUGUUGAGUGCCCACCCAGCGAAGCCCUGCCCACAUGGUCUUUGUUGAAACAGACUUGUAAUGCUUUCCCUUCCUCAGUUAUGCAGAGCUAUAAUGGAAUUAUUGUCAUAAAAUAAAAUACAAUUAUUUAGAUUUAAUGUGAAAUU